CCGAGUUCCACUACGCAUGCGCGCAACCGACGAACGUUGCCAUUUCUGGCCGCAGCGGCUUGCCGUAGAUUUGGCGGGGAAUGCAAAACGUAAACAGAAGAGGGACUGAAAAUGGAGGACAGUAAAAACGCAACAGAGGCUGUAAAUAGCGUAUGUGGUAAAGAGUGCCCUGAAAAGCAGACAAAUGAGGCUACAGGAGAAGUUUCCUCACAGAAACCGACGGAGGAGGCUCGGUACAGCCGGUUGAAAUUGUUCAACAAAGUGAUGCAGGAGAGUCUGAAGAAGUUCGUCGAGCACGCCAGCUUUAACAGAUUUGCCAGCGCAUUUCGUCCACUGUAUGAGAAGAAUCCUCAGAGGAUGGAGAGCAUUCACAAGCAGUUCCUAGAGGAGUUGCAGAAGACUAUACAGGAGGACAUCAGCAGACUGAUUGAAGAAGGCCACCUAGAGUUCAAACUGAAUGAGCUGGACAAACUGGAAAGCACAGCCAAGAACAAUCCAGACCCUGCAUGGCGGCCUACUGGGGUUCCUGAGCAGGAUCUCUGCAGCUUUUUGAAGCCAUACUAUCAAAAGCAGGAGGCCUACAUGAGACUGGAGCUGAAAAAGAUUCAAGCAGAGAAUGCUGCCCUCGCACAGAAGGUUCAGGCCGGUAGAGACAGUGUCGCUCAGACUGAACAGCGCAUUUCUACUGCAGUUGAUGAGUGGAAGACAUCAGUGACUGAGUUUGAGAGGCUGGCAUCUUCUCUCGGCCCUGCUGAUGUAUUUGAUGUGUAAUCUUCACAUUACCCCAUGGUUCAACUAACUUAACUGUACAUAUCGAUUUUGUUUGUUGUUGCUGUUUGUCUGUAAAUAAACUUGAAAAAUUGGAAAUUGGAAA